AUGAAUUGGCUCGGCCUCCUCGUCCUGCUGACCGUGGCUGGGCUGGUGCUCGGGACAUGGGACAACUGCGGAGGGACCUGCGGGCUCCGAGCUGUGUUGUCUGACUACGGCUCCAUGACUUAUUCUGACGGCAACGUGGCUUAUGAUGAUGGCGCAACACGCAUCGUUGGUGGUGCAGGUGCUCUUCCUGGGGCCUGGCCCUGGAUCGUCAGCAUCCAGCAUCCCUGGGUACCAGAUCUGGGCCAUUGGUGUGGAGGGUCUCUCAUCAGCACUCAGUGGGUCCUCACAGCGGCCCACUGCUUCGACAAGUUUGAUAACAUCAGCCUGCUGUACGUAGUGAUUGGGGCCACCCAGUUGACUCAGCCGGGCCCUGGGGCACAAAUGCGCAGUGUCAAGCAGGUGGUGAUACACAAGUAUUAUAAUCCUGCUGACAUGAGUUACGACAUCGCCCUGCUGGAAUUGGACCAUCCUGUCCAGUGCAGCCCCUACAUCCAAAUGGCCUGUGUGCCUGACGCCACACUGACAGUGUCAGCGCUGCAGAACUGCUGGAUCGCUGGCUGGGGUUCCACUGCUGCCAGAGCUCAAGGUUCAAGCGAUCACCUGCAAGAGGCCAAGGUCCAGCUCAUCAAUGUCCAGCUCUGCAACAGCAGCCGCUGGUAUGCAGGGGAAAUCCACACCCACAACUUGUGUGCUGGUUACCCACAGGGCCUCAUCGACACCUGCCAGGGUGACAGCGGUGGUCCUCUCAUGUGCCAGGACAACCACGCUGAUGACUGGUGGGUUGUUGGAGUGACCAGCUGGGGAAAAGGCUGUGCCAGAGCAAGGCAGCCUGGAGUCUACACCUCCACUCAGUAUUUCUAUGACUGGAUCCUGGUCCACACUGGCAUAAACACAGCUGGAAGGAAUUCUCCAACAUCACAAACCUGGAGUCAUUUUAUGACCGCAACACCAAUCCCCACUCAAAAGCCAACACCACUGGGCGAGGUUAGCUCCUGCCCAUUUCCACUCAACAAGCUGGUAGACUUCUUUACCAAGGUGAAGAAGCUCCUUCAUGAGGUCCUUGGACAAAACACAGCUUGA